UGCAGAUUUUGUUUUAACAUUUUGUAUCUCUUUUAGUGCUGCUGUUAAUGUCCAGCUAAAAGAUAAUAGUUUUCCACUUCAAGAUUUUGAAUUGAUAAUUGGCUUUCCUAGCAUGAAACUUGACAGACUUGCAGCUGGUAGCAAUUUGUCUCACACAGUAAUCUAUAGACCUAAGAGAACUGGUUUAUAUAAUUUUACCGCUGCUGAAGUGACUUACUAUCCAUCUGAAGACAGCAAAGAGUUACAGGUAAAUGUUGAAAUUCCGUAAAGAAUUAUAUUGCUGAA